CGCAGGACACGAUGACGAAGCAGCUGAUGCAGAAGGAGGCGCAAGUCAAGUGAGACCAUCCAGACACUGCAUCCCAACCACCCAUGUAUGUUCCCACACCUGUCUGCAUGUCUGUCUGUGUUGUGUUUGUCAAUUGUCUGACCGCCAGCAGGAGGAGCCACGGUGCUCAGCCACCCGCGUGUGUCAUAUUAGUUGCUCUGUGCGGCGUGUGGCUGCCCUCCGGAAGCCAUAGGCCACUCCCCGACGCAGCUACCUCGGCCAAGCAUCGCUGCCUACACUUUAUAUCCUGUUGUCCUGUCGUCGUUGUGUCUGUAGCCAUUUCAUGCAGGAGCAGCGCCCCCAGUGGGCCGAUAUCUCUCUGUCCCUCAGCGAGUUGGACGUCAGUCAAAGUUGAGGUCAAGGAGAACGAGAUUCGGUGACCGGGUACAUAAAAGAAAUAUGCUCAAUAACAAACAGACGUGAGUGACCACCGCACACAUAUACACACGUGUCCGUGAAUUUGUCGUCUCGUUCUAUGUCCGUGUCCACACAGGCAGAUUGAUGCCUUGCAAGGCUGCUGACGAGCAGGCCGCCAGGCUGAAUGACAUCAACGCCCAGCUCAAGAAACUCACCGAGAACUCGCAGGUAGACGAGCAGGGUGACACCACAGACAGUCGCGUGUUGAUGUGCGGAUAUAAUUUGAUGUGUGGAUGGAUGGCCAUGGGUGUGUGCAGGAGUUGAACGGCCAGACCAACGAGUUGACCAAGGAUGCUAGAGGACAACUGCAGGUGAGUGAGCGACACACAUCCACAACCCCCCAUCAACACACAGAUUGAUGUCAUUCACCGCUUUGUUGAGUUUGCCGAUCCGGCCACACAUGACGAGGACGACAAGGCGUAUCGGGAGUGCCUGAAGAAUCGCGCGGGCUCGCUGUUUGUCGUUUCGGGGGAAUCCAGCCAGCCGUAGGCUUCAACAGUCAUCUUGCCUACGGUCCUCGUGUUUGUUUCCAAGAAGAAGGCCAAAGCAGACUGGACCCAUCUGAGGCCUGUGUUGCCUAUUCUCAUGGAGCUCUUUCAAAGAUCCUUUGCCAGCUGGAGACGCUCGUGAUUGCGGUAAGGAGGGCGGGGGGCGGGGGAAGGGAGCGCAGGCUAACUUCAUGAAUCCGAUCUCAUGAUUGUUAUGAUGCAUGUGUAUGUCCCUGGAUGGACGAUUUGUCGCAGUUCAAGACGGCCUGUAAGGCUGGAGAUAUGCUGGAAGCCUUCAAGAUCUACACGCAGAUCAAGGAGCAGCUGGUGGGUGUAUACGUGGCUGUCUGUCCGUCUGUUUGUCUGUCUGUCUGUCUGUCUAUGUGCACGGAUACAUAUCGACAAGCUCAGACACAUCCAUCUAUUGUCCUUCUUCUCUCUGUGUGUGCCCUUUUGCAGGCCAUCGUGUUCCGUCUCAAGACGCUGCAAACCUCUUGGGGCCAUCACGUAAGGACUGAAAGACAGAGCAAGCACCCAUGCACAUUCUGUCUGUCCGUCUGUUUGUCUGUCUGUCUAUGUGCACACACCUUCAGUCUCACGCCGUGCUUCAAGAUCUCAUCGACAGACUUGAGAGCAUGCGCAACUCCUUGUUGUUGUGGGAAGAGAGAUGGAAAAAAGCGGUGAAAUUGAUGAAUCGCGACCAAAAACUUAUGCUUGCACGUCAGGUGAGACGAUAAGAUGACGAGCAGAUGGCGCAGUGUAACUUUCUCUUCUCCAGAUGGGCAUGGCGCAAGGCCUCCAGCAGGGCAUCGCCCAGGGGUGGGACCAGGCCACGCGAUGCGUGGUCUGUUUCGCCGCCCCGAGGGACACCGUCACCCGACCAUGCGUAAGCAGUGACAGACACUAGCCACUGGAUGUACUCAGAAGUUGUUCCUCACUUGACCAAUGUUUUCACUGUGUGUGUGUGUGCAGGGCCACAUGUGCAUGCGCCAGGGCUGCGCUGCCCAUAUUGCUCUCUGGCCCCAUCUGCCAAGGCCCAAACAACCCGAAUGCCCCGCUGCCCUCAAACGCCCCGACCUUCCUCUCGUGAUAGUGCUGCCCGUGUUGCUUCCUGGGGGUGUAUUCUCACGACUUAUAUCAUCUUCGAACGCUGAGCGAGAGCGACACAGAAAAUGUCGCAGCGGCCAGCGUCUCAUCCUCGGCUUCAUCUGGGGCAGACUGACCACCAGCAAAGGUGAGUACAUGUAGAGAGAGCAAUCAAGAGAGUCAGAGACGCCCAAACAAGACAGCUGCAGCGGCCGCAAGGGCAAGAAGAUCACUCCAUCAGUCAAACCUUCCCUCCCCUCGGUGUCUGCAUCCACCAUGUUGUCAUCUGCAGAGCCUCGAGACCGAAUACCAGGAGAAUGGCUACUGUUCGUCAGCUGCAAGAGGCGCUGCGUGCCAAGGACGGCGAGAUACAGGUGCUCAAGAGAGUGGAUGUGGACAGGUGAGAAGUGGUGGAGCGGUAAUGAAUGUAUGACUUUGAGGGUCUUCCUGUCUAUCUGUCUUUGCCAGGAGAAAACCGCACGCAGAAGGAACGACUCGUAGGAAAGAACAAGAGACACUACACACACACACACACACCAACCCCACUCGUCCAUCCAUCCAUCCAUCCGUCUAUCUGUCUGUCUGUCUGUCUGUCUGUGUGUCAGGACCAUCUCGAGUCUUGAGCGUUCGACGAGAGGCAUUUUGGCGAUGACCUGCAGGCCAAGGACCAGUGCAUCAAGCUGGCGGACAACGGCCCUCGAGCAGCCACCCCACCGCCCCCUGUCAACAUGCACAUGAGCCUGUCCCUGAUCGGCAAGGCCCUUCUGGCCGAAGCGCAACGGCUUUCCUUGUUGGUGGCUGGGGUUGAGAAGAAGCAGAAAAGCCUGAGACAGAAGCGCACGGUGGGCAACGCGCGAAGUACACAGAUGUGGGCGGGGGAGACACACUGUGAUGCAUGUGCGACAGGAGGAGAUCUUCCAGCUGCGCCAUGACCUCGCAAUGGCGGACCACCCUCUUCGGCAGACAGCGCACCCGCGACACGUUGUUGGAGUCCUCAUGUAAUGGCCCGUGUUUCUUCCCUCUCUGUUUGUGUCUCAGCAGAAAGAGUUGUCCGAGUCAACCAACAACUGCAUUCGUCUGCAAGAGGAGAACAAGCGCAUUCGGCUGGACCUCGAGAGGACGCACCACGACCUCGGCACCAGCCACGAGAAGAUGGCCACACGGGUUGAGACUAUCGACAAGAUGCACGCAGCGCUCGUGGUCAGAGAGUCAGGGAGGGAGGGAGGGAGGGAGAGAGGACCAUGCUUGGGUGGAUUGCCAUGUUCUGCCUGCGUGUGCAGGAGGACAACGGUCGGUUGCUGGGUGAGGUGGACAAGACCGCACCUCGACAAGCCGCCAAAGCAUGGCCACACGGGUCGAGAACGUCGACAAGAUGCACAAGUGAGAAAACCAACAUAUGCACUCAACGAUGAGAUGGUGUCCGUGCACGCAGGAAUGACGGCAAGAGCCCGCAGUCAAUUGAGGGGCGUGAUUGGUUAGUAGGAGGUCCCCGGGACGUCGCAGUCGCGAUGCCUGGGGACCUCCUAGCGACCUUCACGGUGAUGGCAGACAUCAACACUGGGGAGGGAGGGCAUCGAGACAUGUGCCCUACUCGUCGGUCAAGUAGACGACAAGACAUCCCCUAAAGGUAAGCGAGUCUGUCGGGAGGGAUGUUCAUCCCUCUGUGUAUGUGUAUCUGUGUGUAUGUGGCUGCCUGUAGUGGUGAAGAUCACCCAUCUGCUGUUCCCCGGGCAGCGCGGCACCGCCAACACAUGUGGUGAGGCUAGAUGCACACAGCACUCGUGUUGACUGAUGCAGGGAGGAAUACAGGUGCCUGGAUGCAUCACCAUACUCUCUGCGUGGGCCAUUCCUGUGCAGAAGUCGACGCCCUUUCAACCGAAUGCGCCGCUCUCAAGGAGGAAUGCGACAAGUGAGAACAAAUCACAGGACCCAAAUCGCACAUCGUACAUACGGAGGUGCAGGUCUCGUGAGCGUGAGGCGGCCAUCAGUGAGCUGCAGGCCGCUGUGGCCGAGAAGGACACGCAGAUGGUGGAGAUGAAGGAACAAUUCGUACGAAAGACAAGACAGACACACACGAGAUGCGUCGAUGUCUCCGGCCAUUCAUGAGUGCUACUGCUUGCCCUCAGGACCUUCUGCAGCUUCACUACAACGACUACGUCAUGCUCGCCCGUCGUCAACAACAUAGAAUCCAGGCGAAACAAGGAAGCAUCAACGGUAUACGGGACUGGUCGAUGUACACGUGUCUGUCUGUCUGUCUGUCUGUCUGUCAAUCUCGAUAAGGGCAUCGAGACAGAGAACCGGGCGUUAAAGGAGCGCCUCGUAUGCAGGAAGAGACACACACUCAUAUGAUACCUUUGACUUUUUUCGGGCUGCUUUGCGCUGCAGGACAUGCUGCAAGGGCACUACAAUCAAUUGGUGAUCGCCAUCGGAGCCCCACUCCUGUCUGGC